AUGCGAUCAUUAUCAUAUGCUUUUCGCGUUGGACACAAUACCAUCAAAAUAGUGUCAGAGACUUGCGAAGUCAUUUGGAAUUGUUUGAAAAAUACCGUUUUUAUAAAAAACAAUGAAAACAGCUGGCAAAAUGUUGCCGAUAAUUUUGAACGGUUUUGGAAUUAUCCCAACUGUAUAGGAGCCAUCGAUGGGAAACAUGUAACCUUACAGGCUCCCGUGAAUUCCGGUUCGACAUAUUUUAACUAUAAAGGAAACCAUAGUAUCAAUCUCCUAGCAAUUAGCGAUUCAAAAUAUCGUUUUAUUGUGGUUGACAUUGGAGGUGAAGGCAGACAGAGUGAUGGAGGAGUUUUUCGAAACAGCCUUAUGGGAAAUUAUUUUGAAAGUGCUUUAUUAAAACUGCCAAAUCCUAAGCCAGUUGAGAUUGAUGGACCAGCUCUCCCUUAUGUGCUGCUAGCAGAUGAGGCCUUCCCUUUGACAAACUAUAUGAUGAGGCCGUACCCACGGAGUAGCAGGCUAAAUUUGCCAAAAAAGGUGUUUAACUACAGACUCAGUCGAGCAAGAAGAGUAGUAGAAAAUGCUUUUGGAAUAUUAGCGGAAAGAUGGAGAAUCUACAGAAAGCCAAUAACAUCAAGCGUUGCUAAUGCGAAGAAAAUUGUUCAAGCAACAAUAGUGUUGCAUAAUUUUAUUAUUAAUAAUGAAGAACAAAUGCAGUUACAGCAUAGAUAUACGCACAUUACUAAUGACGGAGAUCAUUCAACGACUUCUACCGGGCUUUGCUCAUUAUCAAUUUGUCGAGGAAGAACAUCUCAAAGUGGAAUUGAAGUUCGAAACGCAUAUACUGCAUUCUUUAAUGGAAAUGGUGCAUUACCUUUCCAAUGGGAAAAAGCUAUGCAGAAUAAUUUUUAA